CAGUACAAAAUUCAAAUUCACUGUCUUUCCCUUUGCUUUUUCCAUAGCUCCCGAACAAAGACCUCCACUAAAACGAAGACAAAAGUUUUCUUUUUUAUAUACGUACACAAUUACUUUUCGUUUCCUUUUGUUGUGGGUAUUCCCAAUUUUCUUCGGUUUCGAAGAACGAAGUGAGAAAUCUAGAGGAAGAGUCUUAUGGCUGGUUAUAAAGGUCAUGAUGAGUAUGAUUAUCUGUUUAAGCUUGUUUUGAUCGGUGAUUCUGGUGUGGGCAAAUCAAACUUGCUCUCCAGAUUUACAAGGAAUCAAUUUAAUUUAGAAUCAAAGUCUACGAUUGGGGUUGAGUUUGCUACCAAGAGUUUGGAAAUUGAUGGGAAGGUAAUCAAGGCUCAGAUUUGGGAUACUGCUGGACAAGAAAGGUACCGAGCGAUAACCAGUGCUUACUACCGUGGGGCAGUAGGUGCUUUGCUCGUGUACGAUGUCACUCGACGUCCAACAUUUGAAAAUGCUGCAAGAUGGUUAAAGGAAUUAAGGGAUCACACAGACCCAAACAUGGUAGUGAUGCUAAUUGGCAACAAAUGUGAUUUACGACACCUUAUUCUUGUUCCAACAGAAGAUGGAAAAUCAUUUGCUGAGAGGGAGUCUUUGUACUUCAUGGAGACCUCUGCAUUGGAUGCAACAAACGUUGAAAGCGCUUUCACAGAGGUACUCUCUCAAAUAUAUCGAAUCGUGAGCAAGAGAUCAGUUGAGGCAGGCGAUAUUGGAAGUGCUUCAACGACACUCCCGUCUAAAGGUCAGACAAUAGAUGUCAAGGAUGACUCGUCAGUGCUGAAGAGAAUUGGAUGCUGCUCCAGCUGAGAUGAAAUAAGCUUCAAAACCUCAACUUGGAAAUACAGCAAGAGAUAUUUCUUUUGUAUAUUUGUAUUGUAUCAGUUUGUGUAGAAUAAAGAGCUUGGUUGUGGGUGGUGGUUGUGUGAAAGGCGCUUUUCUUGAUGUGUUAUAGUCCCUCCACAUAAGUGUUGGAGUUUGCUCUUCUUUACAUUCCAAAGAACAUUUGAAACUUGAAAUUUACCGUUGUAAUGCUGAACUUUGUACAUAUUUUCUUGUUUCAAAUGCACCCAAAAUAAUUUCAAUUAUCCCCUUAAAA